GAUCACGUGAUGGAGCACCGUGACCCGCGUGCACAGUGACAUUGAAACAUGUUAGUUUGUCUCUCCCCGCUCGCGCUGUUAACUGUGUAAAUAUCUGUUUGUUUGUUUGUUUUGUUCUUUCAUUUUUGUUAGUUUUUACUUCCGGAGCAGGGCGUGCAAGACAGUGACGUCAUGGCUAAGAUGGCAGCCUCCAUGGUGGAGGGUGGAGAGGAUUCGUUUCGGAAGAUAUUCAAGUUUUACAGGAGAAGGAACCCCCCGCCGGACCUUAGCGACGUCAUUGACUUUUCCAGGUGUGCGCCCGGGUUCAUCUUCAUCUCCGAUCCGUUCCUGCGCGGCACGCAGCCGUUCUGGCUCCGACAGUGUCUGAAGAUUUACCCUCAGAAACCAAACAUCUGCAACCUGGACAUGCACAUGUCCCCCUUAGAGACUCAGGACGUCUGGGGACAGAGCGUGCACAGCCUGAGGUCACAGCAGGAGGAGCUCGACCUCCCGAUGAAGACGUACUCUCCCAGCAGUCACACUCCUUUCCCACGUGACCUCCACCUCCUCUCCGCUCACAUGACAGCUGCCUGCGGCUUCCCUGGCUUUAUCUCGGAAGCGGGAAUCCUCAACUAUUACCGAUCAGACUCUUCUCUGGGAAUCCACGUGGACGAGUCGGAGCUGGACCGCACUCGACCGCUGCUGUCGUUUAGUUUUGGUCAGUCAGCCAUCUUUCUCCUGGGCGGCCCCCGCAGACAGGACCCCCCCACAGCCAUGCUCAUGCACAGUGGGGACGUGAUGGUGAUGUCAGGACCCAGCCGCCUUCUGUACCACGCGGUCCCACGAAUCCUCCCCGCACCUCCGGGGCGUCUGGCAUUAGAGACGGGGGGCUGCAUCCAGACCCCCCCACCACAGGAAGGCUCCGUGGUGGAGCCGGUGUCCGAGGAGGAAUGGGCCGUCUGCUCCAGGUACAUCCAGAGCUCCAGAGUGAAUGUGACUGUCAGACAGGUGCUGGCACCUGGACAGAACUUUCCAGAAACUCCCCGUUCUCACCAAACCACAGACUCUGGACAGACGGACGGAUACGAUGAUGGAGAGAGCGGAAAGAGGAAGAGGAGCAGCAGUGACUCUCCUUAUGCUGCAGAGACUCACUGAGGGGACUCACAGCACGGGCCUCCAUGAAGGACGCUUCUGCUUGGGUUUAUUUGUUAAAGGAUUUAUGUGGGUCAGUGUGUAGAUGCUGCCAGAGACGGGACGAGAUCUAAACAUGAACUCUUAGGAGUCGUCUGGAUCCAGUUCAGUGUUAAAAUGAUUGUUUAACGAUUGUGUGAAUACAGUCUUUGGUAUCUUAAACUGAUCCAGUGAGCAGUAGUCAUGAAGAAAGAUGAUCCAGUACCCAGAUCGAGCUCUAUGUAUGUGUGCAAUGUUCCCUCUAAGCUGCGCACUGCUGGCACAGAAAAUCUGCGUUGCGCACAAAA